AUGCCACAGCCACAGCCACAACAACCGCAGCAAUCCCACAUCCCACUCUUGGGCGACACCCCACUAGAACGUGUCCCAUUACCGGCUGCCACCGCUGCCGCCGACGAAGACGGGAUUAUCACAGAAGUGACGGUAUCAGUCUCCAACGUUGUGGAAGGAGACGCCGCGGGCGUUAUCGUCGUGACUGAGACCGACGUCGAGCCAGUGCCCGUGGGGCACGCGGGAGAGCUGAAUGUUGGCCAGGCAGUGCCACCAGUGCAGGUUGGGUCCGGGCUGGAUAGAAGGAUGAUAUUUUAG